ACCUCGUUUUCAAAACGAAACCUGACCUCUUGCUAGUCAAAUAAGCCAAGGGGUGAAGGGCGGUAGAUGCAUGAGCUCGGAGUCUAGGAGCGAAGCACAGAUGGCGUUGAAGGGUGUUCGAGUUGUUGAGUUGGCGGGGCUCGCCCCUGCUCCGUUCUGUGCUAUGAUAUUAGCUGACUUUGGUGCCAAGGUGGUACGUGUUGACAGAGUGAAGUCAACCAUGGGAACAGAUCGACUAGGACGAGGAAAACAGUCGGUAGCUGUGGACCUGAAGAAGAAGGAUGGGGUGGAGAUAGUGAGGAGGAUGUGUUCCAAAGCAGAUGUCGUUAUAGAACCAUUCAGGACAGGUGUCAUGGAGAAGCUUGGUCUGGGGCCAGACAGACUUUUGUCAGAAAACCCUCGUCUUGUGUAUGCCAGAUUGACCGGCUUCGGUCAGCAGGGACCAUGGUCAGCAAAAGCUGGGCACGAUAUCAACUACAUAUCUUUGGCAGGUAUACUCGGACAGUUGGGAAGAAAGGGAGAGCAUCCAUAUCCUCCAGUUAAUUUGGUAGCAGAUUUCGCUGGAGGUGGCCUGACUUGUGCUUUUGGAAUCACCAUGGCUUUGUUUGAAAGGUCAAUAUCUGGCAAGGGUCAAGUGAUUGAUUCCAAUAUGGUGGAAGGCUCGGCUUACGUUGGAUCAUGGCUAUGGAGUUCUAGAGGUAUGCCUAUCUGGGGAAAGGGAAGAGGAGAAAAUGUGUUGGAUGGAGGAUCCGCCUACUAUGACACUUAUGAGACAAAGGACGGGAAGUUUGUAGGUGUUGGUUCUCUAGAGCCACAGUUUUUCAAUGAUUUAGUAAAAGGCCUAGGUUUGAGUAAUGAAGUAUCACAGUUUGACGAUCCUGAUGAAAUGCGACAGCAAUUCAAGGCAAAAUUCCUGUUGAAGACACGUGAUGAGUGGGAUGUUGUCUUUGAUGGUCUGGAUGCUUGCUAUAGUCCAGUACUGGACUACAAGGAGGCACCAUUGCAUCCACACAAUGUGUAUAACAAGAGUUUCCUGAAGGAUAACCAGGGAAGGUAUUCACCAGCGCCCGCCCCUAAACUCUCCCGGACUCCAGGGGUGGACAAAGUGUACCCUACUCCGAGGAUCGGUGAAAAUACAUCAGCGGUGUUACAUGAGGUUGGCUUCUCACAGAAGGAGAUAAGCAGUUUCAUCCGGGAUGGGGUGGUAGAGGAAAGUAAGGGAUCAUCCAAAUUAUAAUUAUAAACAAUUUAGGAGUUUGUGUGUUACAUUCCUCUCCACUAGUUAUCUGUAUGGGAUGGGUGGGAGGCAUUUGUAUUCAGAUUUGAUGAGCGAUGCGGGUAAAAAGACAAUGUUUUCUAUAUAUCCUUAUACUAAAUAUGUUUUAAUAUUUUUUAUUUAUAAAUCCCUCCAACCCAUCCUAAAUGGAUAAUUUUGGAACAGCCCUGAGGUUCAACUAAGUGACUGCAGUGAAAGUAUACUAUCACUAUAGAGGCAGUAAACUGGCUAAUUCAGGACGUAGGGAGUUCACUGAAAUUUUAUGAUUAAGAAUGAUGGGAGAAUGAGAGAGAGAGAGAGCAAGCAACAUGAUUAUAUAAAGUGUAUACAGUAUAUGUAAUUAUAUGUAUAUAGACCCAAUGUAUGGCAUCAAUGAAUUACGGUUGCUUUGUGAUAUGACAAAACAGGAGUAUGAAUGUUGAUUUUUAAUAAAUUUCAAGUCUGAUAAAAUCUAAAACUUGCUCAUGUUCUUUUCAACAUUGAGACGAGGCAUACUAAUUGUUAUAUUAAGUAACAACACAAUAUACUCUCUAUUUAAUUUCGAAUCAAUGUACAGUAAGUCAGUGGUUAGCUUGGACAGUUAAAUUUCAUGAACACAAGUGAAUGUGAUCAAAUUGUAAUGAAGUGUAUAAUGAAGUGUAUUUCAUUUCAUAAUUCAUAACUUAAUAAACACAGGAAAUUGUU